AUGAGAGAGUUUUUGGUCAUUUUUGCCCUUGUAAGUGCGAUUGCGGGUGAAAUUUACGCACCUCCAGUUGUAACUUACCCUCCUGCAGAAGUGACAUAUGCCCCAGCCAGGACAACUCCGGCGCCAAAGAUAGUGCAUGUUUACGCACCUCCUCCUCCACCCAUAUACGCGCCACCCGCUCCAACGUAUGCUCCUGCCAUAACAACGACCCCUGCUCCCAGAGUCGAGUACGCACCCCCUGUUGAAAACACCUACCCUCCUCCUGUGCCUACCUACGCCCCUGCCAGAACCACUCAACCCCCUCCUAGGGUAGAAUACGCUCCCCCUGUUAUUCACACCUAUGCUCCUCCUUCGCCCACUUACGCGCCUGCCAAAAUAGUAAAACCAGAAUAUGCACCCCCGCUGCAUACUCAGACGGUUGCGAUCUUCAAACCAGAGCACACCUACGCACCUCCUGCACCGAUCUACGCACCUGCCUACGCGCCUCCAGCACCAACCUACCCUCCUCCGGUUCCCACUUACGCCCCUGCAAGAACAACCACCCCGAAACCUGUCUACUCACUCCCCACGCCAGAGUACGGAGCGCCUGAAGUGGUGAAAAUUGUGUCACCUGUUGUCCACAUCCCUGAACCAGCACCAGUAGUUAGGGCCGUGGUGCCUGGCACCAGCACAUUUUUCCUGAAGCCCAUCGUUGUCCCUGACAUUGAAGUAACAAAAACUGUCGAUUUCCAUAUUAUUGAACAUGAACUUGCUCCACCUCAUUUCUAA